UACGAGCUAACGCGCUACGAGCUAACGCGCUACGAGCUAACGCGCUACGAGCUAACGCGCUACGAGCUAACGCGCUGACGCGAAUCAGAAUCAGGUUUAUUAUUAAGUUUGUUGACUCACACAAAGGAAUUUAGCUCCAGAUUUUAAUUACAGACAUAAAGAACUUUACUUCAGACAUUUAGCUUUUUUUACUUUAAUGUGACAAUCAAACUCUGAUUCACCAAAACAAUGUUAAUAAUAAUUUGACCGCCAUAAUAUUCUUUAUUAAAUUGUUAUAAUGCGUUAUAACGUUGAAAGCGCUCUUUUAAGGAGGAAUAAAGGAUUUCAGAAUAAAAACAGAGUGGCGAUUUUAGCUGAGCUGGAUAAAGAGAAGCGACGCCUGAUCCAGAGUCAGUCCAUGAACAAUCCAGGAGCCACGAUUCCACUCUCCAGACCGCCAGUGAAGGAGUUUCGGGAUCACGCGGAGCAGCAGCACAUCGCCGCUCAGCAGAAAGCAGCUUUACAGCACGCACAUGCUCACUCUUCAGGCUACUUCAUCACACAGGACUCGUCAUUUGGGAACCUGAUCCUUCCUGUGCUGCCUCGACUCGAUGCAGAGUGACGAUGAACAACACAGUUGUUAAAAAGACACUUUUCAUUCUACAGAAAAACUCACUUUAACAGCAGGGCUUAAAGACAGAAUCUCCUGUAGCUUCCGGUCUGAUUUUAGUCUUUAAUGAUGGUAUGAUUUUCUAUUUAAUAUAAAAUAAAGAAACGUCGACUGCAGCUGAUGCCGGUCAUCUGUUUGAUGCACUGAGUGCAGAUGAACGGAUGAAACCUGGGCUGAAACAUUAAUCUUUCCUGUAACAUUAAUCUUAAAUUAAAAAAGGUUUACAAAUC